AUGACCACAAACCCAGUCCACCUGUAUCGUGCCCUUCUCAGGGAAUGCACCUACCUGCCUCUCCCGCGAUGUCGCUCAUACAUGAAGGCCCACGUCACCGAGUCCUUUCGACGAUGGCUGCCGAACUACACACUCGGUAGAACAAAUACAGGCAGGGAGAUCGACUUCCCAAAACAAGUCAAACUGCUGCACCGCGGGCGAAAGGUUCAUUCGACCCUGAGGCGCGCCAAUGAAGGAUACAUAGGGCCUUUAGAGAAGGUCUUUCGUCUGACCUAUGGUCGUACCGGCCCACGACGGCAUCAGCUCCUGGAAAGAUUCAUAGCCGCACCCCCUCAGACAAAGGCCGACGAGACAUCUAAGCCUGACGCAUCACCGACUGAUGACGGUCCCUUGGCGAAAUAUUCAAAAGGAUGGAAUCCGCCUCCUCUAAUGCAAGCCCUUCUUGCCAGCCAAGCUGAACAUCAGCAUCGAUUUGAUCGGGCCAGCAACAAGUACAAGGUCAAGAUGCGCUUCUCACCACCCGAGAAGACGACCUGGGGCAAUCCGCUUCCGGAGAGAAGAUACAAGAAUUUGAAGCACAAGUGGUACCUGCAGAACCUCAAAGCCACACUCCCCCCUCUCCCAGAACCAGAGUACAAGGAGCUGUACGACCUUGUAAGCGGGGGUUCCAACUUCCCGGCACCCAUCCCCCGACGGCCUCGAGCAUGUGUGGCCCAGGAGGACGAAGAGCGAGAGGCGGCCACGAAACAAUCGUCGUUGAUCCUCGUCGGCCCUCAACCUGGAUCCCGGGCAAAAGAUGCCGUAAAUGGCCGCCCCCAUAAGCUGACUGUCCGACUGCUACGCCGUAUACUAGCGCGCUCCGUGCUUAUGCAAACACCCUUGACCAGGGUCAGGAUCGCCGGGCCAGAAACGUCGGAGACUGGAAUCGUGUUCCGUUGGGAUGACGGGCAGUGGCAAGAUGAAAUCGAUGACAGUAUGCCCAAGAAUUCAAGUCAAAGACAACAGGAUCUGUUGUUCGGGUGA